AUGUCUGAGACAAGCGAGGCCAAAUCUGAGACGAAGGCGCCUCAAACCUGCUGCCAGAAGUUCGCCAAGUGCCAGCGUGAUAACCUGUUCACAAUACUCACGCUGAUCGGUGUAGCUGUUGGAUUCGGCAUCGGUUUCGGAGUCGGAUCAACGGGUCCCACUGAGGUCACAAUAGAAUGGAUAAUCAUGGCCGGCAUGGACCCUAAAGAAAAUGGAAAGAUGGGUGGAGCGGCUGUUGGCUUCAUAGUUGGUAUGGAUAUUCUCAGUGGCGUAAUUGGUGUUAUUACGGCCUACCUUAUAGCGCCAGGUACAAGAGUCGUGGCUCCGGGCACGGCACCACCACAGGAAAACACAAAUCCCAUGGAGGCCCCUGUCACUACCUCAGACGUUUUUGCGGAUCUGUUUCUAAACAUUUUCCCAGACAACGUUGUUGGUAUCGCUAUCUUCCAGACCAAAACUACUCGUGAAUACACGAAUCCUGCGAAAAACGAAACAAGACGAAUUAUUGGAAACCUAUUUGCAACUGAUAUGAUUGGUUUGAUUUUUACGUCAAUCGUCUUCGGUAUCGCCGCCGGAAAAUGUGGUGAAACUGGGCGUGUGUUUGUGGAGUGGUUUCAAUCCCUCGGCGAUGUGGUUCUGAUCAUAAUGAGAUGGUUCUUAACGAUCACCCCUAUCGGUGUCUGUUUUAUGAUUGCUGGUGCAGUCGUCGGUCUGGAAGAUGUGGGUGGAACCUUCAAAAGUCUUCUUCUUUUCAUGGCAACCGUGCUUGUUGCUUUGGCCGUCCAUAUGAUAAUUCAGAUGAUUAUCUACGCGAUUGCUUCCUUCCGGAAUCCGUUUAUGAUCCUUAUCAAGGGCUUCAAAGUGCUAAUUUGCAUCCCGGAUAUGAUCGAAAUGUGUGACAAAUACGGAUUGCAGAAGAAAAUAACACGGUUUGUGAUCCCCUUGUCGGCAGCAUUAAAAGGUGAUGGUUCUGGGGCCUUUCAAGCCGUUGCCUGUGUCUUUAUCGCCCAACUCAGCAAGGUCGAUAUUAAUGUCGGAACCUAUGUGAUCAUUGCUCUGCUAACUGGCUUUGCCACCCUUGCCAUUCCAAACGUGCCGAGUUCCAGCAUCAUCAUUAUCAUCACAAUCCUUUCCUCCCUGGGUGUUCCCACUGACCAGGUUUCCCUGCUCUUUGCUGUGGAGUGGAUCAUGGAUCGAUGUCGUUCCGGAUCAAUUGGUCUUGGUCAUCUGUUUGCGGCUGCCUUCACGCAUUCAGUCGCUGUUGGCCGGAGAACUGAGCAUCAAGACGACGCUAAAGACGAUGAGGAAUCAGGCAAACAUAUCAGCGAUGACGAAGCAACUUACAGUGAGUAA